UGCAGCCGUUGCGGACGGAUCGAGCAGCACCAACGCUGCAGUUCGUUACCCAACGUUGUGCUGGCGUAACUGGAAGUCGUUUCUAGGCGAACACUUCAAUGCGCUACCUGGCAUACGAUUUGGAUGUAACUGUAUUUAUAUGAAAGGAAUUAAAAUGGAAGGCGAUAACAUAGCUGAAAUCCAUACAGAUGAAAACACAGAAUCAGAUCCCUGCAUUAUGACUAAAGCUUCAAAUGACUUAGAUAACAUUUUAUGUGUUGAGGAGUUCUGCAUUAAAGAGCGCCUAGAAUUCAGAGGGGAUGUAUCCAUGUUUGAGUCAAUGUUUCAGUGUUGGCAACAACAUAAUACUUCCUCGGAAAAGACUGAGCAUAAAUUUGUUAAGUCCCUUGAAAUUGCAGAAAAGCAAAAUGUAGCUCUGGAGAAAAGGAUUUCUGAUCUUGAAAACACAAUUGAAUUGCUUCAAGAAUCAUUAAGGAGUACACACAAUGACUUGCAUCUCAUUGAUGUAAUGUCACAUGAAAAUGCAGACCUUAAAGGAAAUCUAAGAAAUAUGGCUGAAAAACAUUUUUCAAUUGAAAAUGAAAUGGAAAGUAACAUUAAAAAACUCCAUUAUCAAAUAAAGGAAAUUAAAAAUGAUCAUUCAAGUGAACUUUUGAAAUUGAAACAUGAAUUAGAAGGUAAGAUUGCACAGAAAACUAAAGAAAUAGAUGUAUUAAAAUGUGAACAUUUAUCUGAAUUAAACAAGAUAACCAAAGAUUAUCAAAAAGAUAUUGCCGUUACCAAAAUGGAGUACGAGAGUAAGCUUGUCAAGUUACAAUGUCAGAAAGCAGCUACAGCUGUGUCACUCCAACAACAAUCAUCUCACCAGGACAUAUAUCGACAGAAGCUACAACAUUUUAAGAAAGAACAUGAAGAAGAGAUCAAUAGACUACAAUCACAGAUUAAAUCAUUACAGACUGAGCUGUCUGCUUGUAAAAAUAAUGAAAAUAUAGGUAUUCAGGUGGAAUCAAGUACAGAAAGGAGAAUGAAUACAUCUUUUGUAGCACAUGGAAAGAAAAGACAAUUUUGAAAUCAAUAAAAUGUCAUUUGUGAAACACUUGAUAAUCGUCAUUAAUUUAUUAAACAAUAUUAAUGCCAUAUCUGCACCACUCUUAUUCUCGAUCAUCUCAAUUGCCGUUUCAAACAAAACAGAUAUCAAUACAAUCUCUUGUGUAAUAUGUUGUGUUUUAUAUUGUUUUAAAGGGUAUUUUGUAUUUUAUUAAACACAUUCAUAAUGUGUAGCCGUAAUAAAGGUUUGGGGAAAAUGUUUGUGCAGAUACAAGUUAUAUUCUAAUGAAUUAAUUAAAUCAUUACGUUUUUAACAUAUGACAGUCAGACUAAGCUACAUAUAAUUAUAAUUUAUUAUAUGUUUUCGUUAAAUUAAAACAAUUUCAAAAAGA